CAGAGGCAGCAGAUGUCCAACAGCAGCUCCAUCACCCAGUUCCUUCUCCUGGAGUUCACAGACACACGGGAGGUGCAGGUCUUGCACUUCUGGCUCUUCCUGGGCAUCUACUUGGCUGCCCUCAUGGGAAACGGCCUCAUCAUCACUGCCAUAGCUUGCAACCAACGCCUCCACACCCCCAUGUACUUCUUCCUCCUCAACCUCUCCCUUGUUGACUUGGGCUCCAUCUCUACCACUGUUCCCAAAUCCAUGGCCAAUUCCCUGUGGGACACCAGGACCAUCUCCUACACAGGAUGUGCUGCCCAGCUCUUUCUGUUUACAUUCUUGACAGUAGCAGAGUAUUGUCUUCUCUCCGUCAUGGCCUAUGACCGCUAUGUUGCCAUCUGCAAACCCCUGCACUACGGGAUCCUCCUGGGAGGCAGAGGAUGUGUCCACAUGGCAGCAGCUGCCUGGGGCAGUGCUUUUCUCAAUUCUUUCCUGCAUACUGUCAAUACAUUUUCCAUACCCCUCUGCAAGGGCAAUGCCCUGGACCAAUUCUUCUGUGAAAUCCCCCAGAUCCUCAAGCUCUCCUGUGCAGAAGCCUACCUCAGGGAAGUUGGGCUUCUUGUGGUUAGUUUUUCUUUAGCUUUUGUUUGUUUUGUUUUCAUUGUGCUGUCCUAUGUGCAGAUCUUCAGGGCUGUGAUGAGGAUCCCCUCUCAGCAGGGGCGGUGCAAAGCCUUUUCCAUGUGCCUCCCUCACCUGGCCGUGGUCUCCCCGUAUAUCAGCACUGGCAUGUUUGCCUACCUGAAGCCCCCUUCUGUCUCCUCCCCAUCCCUGGAUCUGGUGGUUAGUGUGUUGUAUUCAGUGGUGCCUCCGACAGUGAACCCCUUCAUCUACAGCAUGAGGAACCAGGAGCUCAAAGAUGCACUCAAGAAGCUGAUUUCAUGGGUAGUAUUUCAGCAGCAAUAA